AUGGUGAAGAGUGAACAGGAGGAAUCUUCUCUACAUACGGACACAAAUGUACAGAAGUGGAAUAUAAAGACAUCGGAGGGACGUCUUAUUAUAUCUCCAGACGGAGAAGCAGAAGACGGCGACAUUGCGCAACAUUCUCCCAAAGUCAAUUCUUCCCGUUCAGAGAGAUCGAUGGAUCCGUCCAAUCCUGAGGAACCUUCUGAUCAGUCACGUCACAUGACCUCAGAUGUCCAUCAAGGUCCUCACAGUGCGGAGAGAUCAAGAGAUCCGUCUAAUACUGAGGAACCUUCUGUAAGCCCCGAAGGAGAUCUCACAGGAGAGCGGCCGCAUUCAUGUUCAGAGUGCCGGAAAUCUUUCAAGUCGAAAAGAUCACUUCUCCUGCACCAGAGGAUCCACACGGGCGACCGUCUUCAUUCAUGUCCAGAAUGCGGGAAAAGUUAUGUUCGAAAAAGAGAUCUCCUGCGACACCAGAGAUCCCACACGGGUGAGCGACCAUAUUCGUGCUCGGAGUGCGGGAAAAGUUUCCCCCGCAAACAAACCCUUCUUCGACACCAGAGACUUCACACGGGUGAGCGGCCAUAUGCAUGUUCAGAGUGCGGGAAAAGUUUCACUCAGAAAGGAGUUCUUGUAGUUCAUCAGAGAACUCACACAGGUGUGUGCCCCUAUUGGUGUUCAGAGUGCGGGAAAUCUUUCAAGGAGAAAAGAACACUUCUCCGACACCAGAGAACUCGCACAUGUGUGCGCCCCUAUCCGUGUACAGAGUGCGGGAAAUCUUUCAAGGUGAAAAAGGCACUUCUCCGACACCAGAGGAGGACUCGCACAUGUGUGCGCCCCUAUUCAUGUUCAGAGUGCGGGAAAUCUUUCAAGGUGAAGACAACACUCCUCCUACACCAGGAAAUUCACACAAGUGAGCGACCGUAUUCAUGUUCAGAGUGCGGGAAAUCUUUCAAGUUGAAAAGGAUACUUCUUGAGCACCAGAUAGUUCACACGGGUGAGCGACCAUAUUCGUGCUCGGAGUGUGAGAAAAGUUUCCCCCGCAAACAAACCCUUCUUCGACACCAGAGACUUCACACGGGUGAGCGGCCAUAUGCAUGUUCAGAGUGCGGGAAAAGUUUCACUCAGAAAGGAGUUCUUGUAGUUCAUCAGAGAACUCACACAGGUGUGUGCCCCUAUUGGUGUUCAGAGUGCGGGAAAUCUUUCAAGGAGAAAAGAACACUUCUCCUACACCAGAGGAUUCACCCGGGUGUGCGCCCCUAUACGUGUACAGAGUGCGGGAAAUCUUUCAAGGUGAAAAAGGAACUUCUACGACACCAGAGGAUUCACACAGGUGAGCGUCCCUAUUCAUGUUCAGAGUGCGGGAAAUCAUUCAAGGUGAAAAGGAUACUUCUUGAACACCAGAAAAGUCACACGGGUGAUCGGCCAUAUUCAGAGUGCGGGAAAGGUUUAAUUGAGGAAGCAAAACUUCUUCAGCACCGGAGAAUCCACACGGGUGAUCGGCCAUAUUCGUGUUCAGAGUGCGGGAAAAGUUUCAUUGAGGAAGCAAAACUUCUUCAGCACCGGAGAAUCCACACAGGUGUGCGCCCCUAUUCGUGUUCACAGUGCGGGAAAACUUUCAGGCAGAGAACAGCACUUCAUAAACACCAAAAAAUGCACACGGCUCAGCCCCCUUUUUCAUGUUCAGAGUGUGGGAAAAGUUUCACUGACAAAGGAAAACUUCUUCAACACCAGCAAAUUCACACAGAGGUGCCCCCCUUUUUGUGUUCACAGUGCGGGAAAUCGUUCGGGCAGAAAACAUCACUUGAAAAACACGAAAUAAUUAACACAAGUGUGCGCCCCCAUUCGUGCUCAGAGUGCGGGAAGUCUUACAAGCAGAAAAAAAACCUUCUUCAACACCAGAAAAUCCACAGGGAGCGCCCCUUUUCAUGUUUGAAGUGCGGAAAAUGUUUUGCCGCCAGAGCGCAUCUUCGGAAGCAUCAAAGAACUCACUCAGGUGAGCGUCCUCAUUUAUGUUCAGAGUGCGGGAAAUCUUUCAGACUGAAAGCGCACCUUGUUAAACACGAGAGGAUUCACACUGGCGAGCGCCCUUACUUAUGCUCAGAGUGCGGGAAAUGUUUCUUAGACAAAGGAGGCCUUGAUAAACACCUCAGCACUCACACGCGCAAGUAUCUCUUUUCCUGUUCAGAGUGUGGAAAAGGUUUCACUGAGAGAAACAACCAGAGAACUCACAGCGGCGAGCGUCCGUAUUCAUGUUCAGAGUGCGGGAAAUGUUACAUUUUGAAAUCAGACCUGGUUAGGCACAAGAGAGUUCACACAGGCGUGCGCCCCUAUUUGUGCUCGGUGUGCGGGAAAACUUUCGUCGAGAGAGGGAAACUUAACGAGCACCAGAAGAUUCACACGUGCGAGCGUCCCUAUUCGUGUUCCGAGUGCGGCAAAUGCUUUUUUAAAAAAGGAGAUCUCCUUAGACACCACAGGAUUCACACGGGCGAGCGUCCCUAUUCGUGUCCGGAGUGCGGGAAAACCUUCAUUCAGAAAGGACACCUUAGGAACCACCAGAAAAUUCACACAGGAGAGCGGCCAUAUUCAUGCGCAGAGUGCGGGAAAGGUUUCAAAGACAAGACAGCACUUCUUAAACACCAGAGAAUCCACACGGGCGAGCGUCCUUAUUCAUGUUCAGAGUGCGGGAAAUCUUUCACCGAGAAAGGAAACCUUCGAAAACACCAGAGGAUUCACACGGGAAAGCGUCUUCAUUCGUGUUCAGAGUGUGAUAAAUUUUUUAUUCAGAAAGGGCAUCUCCUUCAGCACCAGAGGCUUCACACAGGCGAGCGACCCUAUUUAUGUUUAGAGUGCGGGAAAUGUUUUACACAAAAAACAGCACUUCUUAGACACGAGAAAAGUCACACGGCUGAACGUCCCCAUUCGUGUCCAGAGUGCGGGAAAAAUUUCAAGCAGAAAAGAACACUUCUUCAACACCAGAAAGUCCACACAGGUGAGCGACCCUAUGCAUGUUCAGAGUGCGGGAAAAGUUUCGCAGAGAAAGGAAAACUGAUUCAGCACCAGAGAAUUCACACAGGUGAGCGCCCCUAUUCAUGUUCAGAGUGCGGGAAAUGUUUCACAGACAAAGAAAAACUUUUUCAACACCACAGAAUUCACACGGGCGAGCGCCCUUUUUCAUGUUUGAAGUGUGAGAAAUGUUUUAUCCAAAAAGGUCAACUUCUUCGACACCAAAAAGUUCACACGGGUGAGCGUCCAUAUUUAUGUUCAGAGUGCGGGAAAUCUUUCAGUCUCAAAGAUAGCCUUGUUAUACACCGGAGAAUUCACACGGGCGAGCGCCCUUAUUCAUGUUCAGAGUGUGGGAAAGGUUUCACAGUGAAAGGUGGGCUUGCUAAACAUCAAAGAACUCACGCACGUGAGCAUCUCUAUUCCUCUUUAGAAUGUGAAAAAGGUUUCCCUGAGAGAAAAAAACUUCUUAGUGUGGAAAAUGUUUCAUUCGCAAAGGAGCCCUUGUUAUGCACCAGAGAAAUCGCACUGACGAUCGUCCUUAUUAGUGCGGGAAAUCUUUCGCUCAGAACGGAUCUCUUGUUAAGCACCAGAGUAUACACACCACGGAACGCCCUGACUGUGUCAAAAGGUGAGGAUCGGGGGAAUAUGAAAGCCGAGAGUAAAGCAGAAGAAGAAGAAAAGGAGGAGAUCGACGUGAGGGGUGGUCAGCAGCCAUUGGAGGAGGCCGGGAUGAUGACAGGAAAAGAGGAGGAGUCUUCUCCGGAUAUCACCAAAGGAUGA